GGCAUGAGCGAGAGAUCCAAGCCGCUUUGCUUGGUGGCCUCCGACGGCUGUGCACGUAGCAACGACGCGAGCCGGUCUUUCCUGCAUUGUGUUAGUGCGUCUUACUGUCUAUGAUGCCGGCAGCGGGCGAACCAGCCGAGGAUGAAGGGUCCUCAACGUGAAGCGAAAUAAUUGCUUCGAAAUAUUGCAUAUCGUGUGUGGUGUGUUGUGAGGGUGUUUCCAACACCAUGUGGCUAAGGCAUCAACUCGAGGCGCUUUCUGUCUUGACAACACUCCUCCUGCUUCAACGCACCGCCACAGCCAACUGGAUGUAUUUGGGCUUAGAGGGCGUGACGCCACAGCUGCAGCAGCAUCAACCUCAGCCCGCCCCAGGGUCCAAUGAGCCCCAGGAGGACCCACAGCUGGCGGCCGCCACGGCAGUUUGCAGUUCCCUGCCCGGCCUCGUUUCCCAGCAGAUCGAGGUGUGUCUCCAGCAUCCCAGCACCAUCCGUUCGGUGUCCGAUGGCGCGCGCAGAGGCAUCAUAGAGUGCCAGUACCAGUUCCGCAACGAGCGUUGGAACUGUACAACUCGGAACGAUGAGCAGAGCGUCUUUGGUUACAUUCUGGAACGCGGAAGCAGGGAGACGGCCUUUAUAUACGCCGUGACGAGCGCUGGGGUUGUCCACGCCGUCACCCAGGCCUGCAGUUCGGGCAACCUGACAGAUUGCAGCUGUGACUCAACGGGCAAUGGCCUGGAAACCCCGGAGGGCUGGAAAUGGGGAGGUUGCAGUGAUAACCUCAACUAUGGAGUCCAAUUCGCACGCAAGUUCGUCGACGCACCGGAAAGAGUAAAGCCUGCCCCAGAAACGAAGAACAAGAAAGCUUGGAGUGUGAGGAUGAAAAUGAACCUGCAUAAUAACGAAGCUGGGCGACAGGUUGUUUCAUCAUUGAUGAGAAUGCAAUGCCGAUGCCACGGCAUAUCAGGCUCGUGCGAAGUGAAAACAUGUUGGAGGACAAUGCCCUCAUUCACUGAAAUUGGCGACACGCUGAAACAUAAAUAUCGACAAGCCGUUCAGGUAGCCCCAAAAGUACGCAAACGUCUUCGUCGAAAGAACAAGAGCAAAACCAAACGACGUCUGCCUGUUGGAAAAGGCGACCUGGUUCAUAUCCAUAAGUCACCCAAUUACUGUGUGAAUGACCCUCAGAAGGGAAUCCCAGGGACAUCAGGGCGUAUCUGUAACAAGACUUCAGAUGAGCCUGACAGUUGUGACUUGCUGUGCUGUGGUCGGGGAUAUAACACACAGGUAAUAAAACAUGUGGAACGAUGUCAGUGCAAAUUUGUAUGGUGCUGCUCUGUGAAAUGUAAGAACUGCGAGACUCUAAUUGAUCGACAUACCUGCAAGUAAAUAUUAGUUUCCUUCCUUGUACUUUCAUGUUUUCUUGUCAUGUCCAGUGUUUCUUUUAUAAUCAUGCCGAACUAUAUAUAUUCAACGGAAGGUGCAGAAGUGAUGGUGUGUUACAGUGCUAAUGAAAGUGACGUAUGGAAAUUUAUAUACACUCUCUAAAUUCAGGCCUAAGACUUGCCAAGUUUUAUGAGUAAGUUUUUCAUUCAUCACAGAAGAUAAUUGAGAACAUUCUGAAUAUUUGUCUCAGAAUUUUAUCUUUGAAAGAAGAUUUUAAUCUUGGUGAGUAAAAGAAUUUCAUCAACACCGUGUUUUUAAUAUAGUCAUAGUAACAAUCUACCCACACAUUUAUAUUAUAUUUCUGUAACAGUGUUAUCAGUCAGCUUACAUGCAUUCGGUUAGUUUAUUUGAACGCUGAUAGUCAUUUUAUCAUAAUUUUACUGAACCUAGUAGCUUACAGCAAUGAAAGUAUUUCAAAUAACACUGAACUUAUUUUGUGACAAAUACAUAAAAGCUGGCUUUUCCUUGAAAUUUUGUAGGUGGUAGAGAUAUUAAAAGUUUUUUGAAUAUAGCACUUAGAGAAUUGGAUUGGCUUUAUCAAGCAUUAUCUGCAGAUCAUUCACAUAAAAUUGAGAUGAAUAUAAAUAAUUUGAUUUUUAAGAAAUGAGGAUUGGACCAUUGGUAUUUAACAGACUUGUAAUAUUCAUAAAUAAUUCAUUGCAGUAGAGAAUGCAUUGGCAUUCAUUGUAUCAUUAAUGACGACUGAGAAGAAAAUUCUUCACGACUUAGCUAACAGUCCGAACAGGCAAAUUCAAUUAUAUUACCUCAAUUUAAAGCAUCAUGCUAUCAAAGAUUUCUGUCUUCUGGGUUGUUGCGCUGUGUAGUCUGGUCGAUGUUAAUCAACGUUUCAUCGCCCUGAUGACGGAGGCAGUAUGACCUCUGAAACGUUGGUUAACAUCGACCAGACUACACAGGGCAACAACCCAGAAGACUGAAAUCUUCAUGAGUAAUUUUUGUUUUCCAGCUUGCACUAAACACUAUGAAUGUGGAAUGCGAGUGAUCUCACAAAAAUUUAAUCUUGCCAGACUUUUUGGUGAAAUAUUUUGUUAAAUUCGAAGAGCUGAAUUUUUUUGUUAUUACAACCCGUAUAACAGUGACUCUGUUACGGAACAAAUUGUCACAUAAUGAAUAUAUAAUAGGUUCUCUAGACAAAGCUCCUGUCAAACUUAUUUGUUGUGGGUUUGUUCAAACUUGUGGGAGGAGUGACUCAUUCUCAUGAAUCCAGGCCCGUAAAAUAUUCAGUCUAUAAUUUUAAUUAGCAUUAAAUAUUAAAAUUAAAAGUAAAUAUUGUAAUAAAGUUAAAAUUGUAUGAUGGUUUGAUAGAGACUAAACAUAUUAUGUUCCCACUGACCACAAUGUUACGGCUAUCAUACAUUGUUAAUUGAUGGACUGUAAGUGAAGUGUUGAAUAACAGGGAAAAUAUAAAUAAGUAACUAUAAGUUCGAAAGUAAAACAGCAAAACCUCACAAAAUUGUCAUUAUUACUACAUUCUUUAAUGAAAUGCUGGUUGUGUAUAUUUCAUAUGUAUCAUGAAUUUCCUCACAUUAUAUAUGCUCUUAAUAAUACUGUAAAUUAGUAAUUAAAGCUUAAAGCAUUCAGAAUUUUGAAGCAUACCCUGGACUUAAUGAAAGAAGGUAAAAAGUCAAAACAUGAUAAACUGUGUUAUUCUUCCAGCAGAUAUUAUUUUGGUGCAUCAAUUAAUGUCUGAAAAGUGCAACUGUAGACAAACCUAAUAAAUGAUAUAUCAAAACAGUAAAGUAAAGUAAAGUAAAGCUGUCCCACUAUACA